CCUCAUCUGCCACUACUCUUGAGCACCGCCUGCUUGGGAGUUAUCGACUUGUGAACGUUCUGAACUCGUCUAUCGACUCGACUAUCUUAUCCGGCUUCCUUUCUUCCUUCCCCAGUUCGUGGCAUCUAGCACCAAUCUCCCGCUCAGAAUAACUAGAAGAAUGUUUCUGCUCUCCCGCAAGACUGCCGACAAGGGCGCUGCCCCUGGCGCCCGCGGCGGUCUCUUCAGCUCCCUUAAGCGCGCGGUGGUCAGCCUGAUCACGCCCGCGACAAUGGAGCCGGCGGUCGCGACCACCCCGCCCUCCCGUCCCGCGUCUCGCGCGACCAUCGACCUCACGCCCUACGCGCGCCCCGCGUCGCGCGCCACGAUCGACCUGACCCCGUACGCCCAUGCGGCGGAGUCCGCCACAAAGGAGCAGGACUCGGACCAGUCCGAUUACUCGUCGGCGGCGUCCUCGUCCUCGUCUUCGGAUACGUCCUCCGCUCCUUCCUCCCCGUCCGGUGGCGCGGCCGACCUUGAGGCGGACGCGCAGGACAAGACGAUCGUUAGCGCCGUGGCCCCCGUACCUGUCUACGCCCCCGGCUACAAUGCCGGCGAUGUCGAGGACGCCGAUGGCGAGCACGUUGGAAACAAGGAGGAGGCGCUCGCGAACGCGCUGGCUGCCGCUCUCACGGACGAACUCGAGACGUCGGACGUGCCUGAUGUCUACGCAGUGCCGUACUUCAGGACCCCGAGCCCUCUCACCAUCGCCAUCCCCCAGGCGCGCGCGAUCACGCCGGAGGCGUCCGUUGCCACCAUCGACAAUACCCCUGCCGCUGCUGAGGAGGCCGCCGCCGCCAUCGAGCCAGCGCCCGCCGCCGAUGAGGGCGCGCACGCCACUCCCGAGAACAAUGGGGAGAACGCGUCGGUCCAAGCGGACGAUGACGUCACACCUUCGCUCUCGCCCGCCAGCACGUGCGCCUCGCUCUCCUCGCUCGACACCCCCGCAUCGCCCACGCCCUCCUUCUCCAUCCCGGAGCCCGACCUCAAGUCCCUCUUCCACUCCAUCCCCAACGCGAACCUGCCUGCGUCCCCGAUCCCCGCCGAUGCUCUCCGUGUCGACACGCGCCUCGCGAACAAGAUCGCAGACCCGGCGGUCAUGUUCCGUGCCGCGCCGAACAGGAUCGUCGCGUCCUCGGUGUGCGACGCGUACGAGGGGCUGGCGAAGACGUGGGCGCCGACGCCGCGCUUGGAGGGCGUGUCGUACGCGCCGGGGUUGUACGCGGACGCGGUAUGGGGCAUGGGCUUGGGCGAGCGGAUGCAGUUUGGCGGUGCGGUCCAGAAGGCCAAGCAGCCAAAGGUCGUCGCUGGCGGCCUCUACUCGUGGGGCGCACAGGGCAACGCGUGGGCGGUGACGCCUGAGGACCGCCUCUGGGCCUUCUAAGCGCUGGACGAAAUGAAGGACGUGCGCAUCUGAAGCGCACAAGUUACGACUACAGCGGCUACCGCUAUGCAAGGUGCAGCCAAGUACUGCAAAUGGACUCGCCACUCGACGCCCAUGUCGAGCAAGCUCAUUGUAUUUCUUCUUCCUCUCGUCUCUCGUCUCCUCGUCACAUAUAUCGAAUAACUCACAAUGUAGCCUUCUGUCUUCCGGUUUUCUGCGUCUCCCGUACACCUAUGCCUCCCAUCUCGUAUCUCCUGUGCUCUUACCACAACAAACCCCAUGCAUACUGAUGUGUCUCCCUAGCUCCCGUGUCGUGUCGGUCUCGGAUAUCAUCUACCUUACUGUACCAAAGCCCGGAUUAGAGGCAAUAAUAAUAAUCUGGCGCGCGGGGUACUCUGUGCCUUUGCUGCGGUC